AUGACCUUGGGGUCACACACCCUUGGAUGGGCCUUUUCAUAUUUACUGUGCUUUAAAUUAUUUAUUGGUGCUUGGGGAGAUUGUGGUUUACCGGAUCGACUUGAUUAUGCAGAGCCUAAACCAGGGACUGUUGAUCAGAAUACCUUUCUUCAUAAUGCAACAGUAUCCUAUGAUUGUAGGCCAGGUUAUGCACGGAUUCCUGGCAGUAAGAAUUCAAGAACAUGCUUAGAGGAUGAUACAUGGUCUACUCCUGAAGUAUUCUGCCAGCGCAGAUCAUGUGGAAAUCCAGGAGAAGUAGAAAAUGGAAACAUGGAGGCUACAGACUUUUUAUUUGGAUCUAAAGUGACCUAUACAUGUAAAGAAGGGUUUCGUUUAUCGAGUAGACGAAAUUACAGAGAAUGCCAGGCAGAUGGAAUGUGGAGCAAUGCUCUUCCUCAAUGUGAUGCUAUACUAUGUGCUGCACCAGAAUCACCAGAAAAUGGACAAUAUGAACCACUGAGGGAUGAAUACAAUUAUUUGGAUUCUGUAACAUUCUCAUGCACAAAGCCUUUUGAAGUUGCGGGUCCUCAUUCUAUAGCCUGUACUGCAACAGGGGAGUGGAGUUCUAAUUCUCCCACAUGCAAAGUUGUAAAAUGCUCUGAUCCAGAUGUGAAAAAUUCAAGAAGACUGUCAGGGUUCAUUGGCCCAUAUACACUGAAUUCUGGUAUAUCUUUUGAAUGUAAUAAAGACUUCGUUCUGAGGGGAUCCAGAUCAAUCUCAUGCAACAUUGAUAGUCAGUGGGUACCUGCAAUUCCACAGUGUGAAAGGCUAUCAUGUGGAGAUCCUGGCACUAUACCAAAUGGUCGGGUAACUGCUCCAAGUUUCAAUGUUGGCUCAAAAGCCACUUAUACCUGCAAUGAAGGAUAUAUGAUGAACACAACGCAGACUUUUAGAACAUGUCAAGAAGAUGGAACAUGGAGCACAGCAAUUGCCUGCAAAGAAAUUCCAACUGAUGGACCACAGGGCCUCAGUGUUGGGGCAAUUGUAGGCAUAAUUGUUGGAGCAGUUGCAGUUGUUAUAGUUGUCUUCUUGCUAUACAAAUAUUGCAGCAAAAAGCAAAAAAGAGGUGAAUAUUAUUGUGACGUAAAGACAGACAAGUUUGCAGCAUCUGUAGAGCCUGAGCUGUGA